CCAUUUGUUCAUCUCACUACGAGAAUUGAUUUGCUGUGUUGAAGAAGAAUCGAAGAUAAAAGAGGCUUAGCGAAUGUAAAUGCGAUAGCAACAACAUAAUACUCAACUUUGCUGCUAACAGCUGCUUUGACUCGUAAAAUGUCUUUCCUUGUCUAGUAUAUUAAGCUCAACCAAUAUUCAAAAAUAAAAAGCAUUUCGGCGGCAAUGUCCUUGAGUAUUACCCAUUAUGCUUGCUUUUUCAUCGCUUUUUGGAUAAUACGAUUCUGUGUUAGAUCAGCACUUGCACUUCACUUUCAUUUCCAGUUUGGGCGUAUAGGAUUCUUCUCAAUCAGGGAUAUUCAAUAUCAUCAUCACAAAUCUUCGGAAACCGCUUUAUGGUCUUUGCAAAUUGGGACAUUGAAGCUUAGAUUAUCGAAGCGACCUACCAUUUCUUCGCCUACCAUAUACAUAAUUAUUUACAUCGAGAAUGUUCAAUUCAAAGUGCAUAGUUUGAAAGCAAUUGUGAGCCAACAUAAAAAGACAGCAGGCACCUUUGCAAACAGACGGCUGUCAAGAGUUAGCUCCACCUUGCAGACGCCUUGGUGGUAUUCUUUAUCCAUUGUUAAACAUUUGAUCAAAUACUCAUCAGCACUUCCGGCUCAAAUAAUAAUGACAGGUUUAGCGAACUAUGUUGAUCUGCAAAUCGAGAACUUCCAGUUAAACUUGGAGGAUCAUUCUGUGCAGAUUAAGUUGAAGAAAGCCAAUUUCAGUUCAGUUUUAUAUGCAGACAUCACUAAUAACUCUGAAACUUUUGCCUCAACUACUACUGAUUCUCAGUCUAUACCCCUUUCACCGUCCUCAACUAACCAUUUGGAUCGGCUAUACCAUGACAAUGUUUCUGAAACGGACUUUUCUUCACGGUAUACGUAUCAGCGUCAUUCGCUAAAACGAGCACAACAUCUUUUCAAAGAGAAGCUUUUUGAGGUUACUGUAAAUAUAGACACAUUAUCUGUUAUGAGUGAAAGCCAUAUAUCAGGAAAAAAUAGAAAUGAACAGAUAGAUAUGUUGACAUUGCCAUCAGGUGGGCAUAUUGCUGUCUCCUGUCAUUUAUCCGCGGGAUGUGUCACACUCAAAGAUGUAGAUGUCAAUUCGAGAAUCUAUGCGCUAAGAUUGAAAUCAAACCCGCUUCUACAGCUGGCACAGGAUAUCAAACAAACCUUAAACUUGACGAAGAGUAAUCAUUUGGACAGUCAGCAAUCAAAAAGAAAUAAUAUUGCAAAAAUAUUUCGUUCAAUAACCGUAUCGAUAGAUAACACGAUGGUAGAAACUCAGCAUCAACAACUGUGCACAAGCCUGCUAACACUGCAGGAUAUCUACUUAUCAGCAAUCAUCAAAGAACAGAACAUUUCGAAAGAACCAUACUAUAAGCUGCAGUGCUUGAUGGGUACAAUAACAUGGACAAUGACUGAUGGCUCGCUACCGGAUACAGAUUGUAAAGCGAAAUGGAUCAGCGUCACAGAAAGUAGGCUGAUUGCCAACGUACCAUAUUCAACAAAGCACAAUAAUUCUCGAUUAGAUAUCAUUCCAAAUGUAGACGCGUCGUAUAAGGAUGAGGAACUACGACCAAACAGAAUACAUUUUGAUAUGAAUGUUAGCGUAUCAGAGCCGAUUAUUCAUAUAGAUCUUUCAAAGAUAGCAAUGUUGCGGAAGGUGAAGCCUCUGACAAGCACAGUAAAAUCAGUGAAAGAGCGUGACGACCUUAAUGAGAUGAUAAAGUUCACCUUUGAAGACUUACCACGGGUAAAUGUAGCGAUACACAUUGAUGAUCCCAGUGUGCGUAUCAAAAGUCCUUCAACAGAAAAUAUUGUAGUAAUAUCGACUGCAAACAUUUGUAUCGGAUUUGAUGCCGCCUAUAGCGUUCAAAGUCAUUACACCGCAAUAAAAACUGCACCUUAUGGAAAAUUACCCACCGAUAAAAGCGUUGAAAAUCUAAUUAAGCCGGAAAUGAUGAGCAGAACAUUGAAACGAGCUACUACACGACCUAACUGGAUCAAUUUGUUUCGACGUCAUCGAAAAGCCGAUAGUUUCAACCAUGCAGUAGGAUCAGAUUCCUAUGACUGGCAUUACAAGAUAGCCUUAACAUUCGCUGUUCAGCAAUUCAAAAUCGACAUUGCAACGAAAAUAGGGGAUUCUACAAUAUCACAUCAGUCGAAUAUAUCAAAAGGGAAAUAUCUUUUGUCAAUGCACAAUUUCAGAAGCAACUUAUAUACCUGUCUCGAUGUUACUUUCACAGAAGAUAUUCUCCAGCAACAUUCCUGCCUGACAUGGUGUCCUGAAAAUCAGCACAUCUCUUUAGUCACGACAGUGGACGAUCCUGUUCUAGACAUGUUCCCAAACAGACAAAAAAAUGGAGAUAACCAACUAGAUUUCUGGAUUGAUGAUAUUGGCAGACAAUUUAGAAGGAAUUCUGUACAGCCAGACAUUACACUGCAAUCGUCUCAAAAAUCUACUGUGAAAACAAAGGCUAGGACUCUUGCUUACGCUUCUGUGUUGGAUGCUCAUGUGAAAGUUACUGGUUUGAUAGUAUUGGUUGGAGGCACUGAUGUCGGAUUGAAAGGUAGAAGAAAAGUACCAGUAGGAUUUUUAGAUAACGCUCCUGAAGCCGACAUCAGCAGCAUCCUCAGUUUCCAAAUUGAGUCUAUUCAGUUUGAUUAUUCUGGAGUCAAUAUACACAGUAGUUCUGUUGAUAACCACGCCAACUUGGCAGCAACUACUAAAUCGCAGGAUCAGACUAAAAUAACCGAUGAUUCUCACUCACCAAAAAACACAAAAGAGAACCAAUCCAGUGCAGUACAAUUAUGCAUGCAAAAUAUUGUGUUGAAAAGAGUGUUCGAAUCAAAUAAUCAUGAUAGCUUGAAAACGACUCAACAAGAGCAAUUGAAUGAAAAUGCCAUUUGUUGGAUUUCUGAAAUAAGAACAGAUAUUGAAACAAUGGAGAGCAUAGAGUCGAAUAAUAUGCUCAUUUCACCAUUUAUUAUAGUACGGAAAAUUGGUGUCAACUAUUCCAUCACGAACCACUAUGCAUGUUUAGUCACCAUAACAUUGUUACAGAAGAAGCUAAAACAAACUUUAGCAAGAAACUUCUUGUCCGAUAAACCUAUAAACAACAAUUCAAAUCCUUCCAAACGUCUUGAUGUCCGUCAUGUGAAUUUCAAAAUCAAACAAACUGAUUUGCAUGUUCUUCUACCCAACAGCACGCAAUUGUACCUACGCAUGAAUGGGAUGAAGAGUAAAUGGAUAAAACAAUUGGAUACGAAAGGCGAAGUACCAACAAUUAACAUUAAUAAUAUAACUGCUUAUGGCAUUGCACCGGACCAGUUUGACAAAUGGGAACAGUUGAUUGAUAUUACUAGAAUACGAUUUUCUAUUGAAAAAGAUAUUGAUUUUGCAACUGGGCAGUUAACCAAGACAAAGCAAUUCAACGUAUCAAAUUUGUACGUCAGGAUUCCCUUCAACUACCACGUUAAUAAGGUUUUAGACAAUACAGUUACUUUGAUCAAAGCGAUCAAAGCCUUACAUGCACGAAUUGCGAAUGAUAAUCCGUUUUUACUUUUUGGUCCGCACGAGAAGAUAAAGCCGUUAGUGUUCCCUCAUCUGCGUUUUGUUUGUCAGCUGAUAACUGUGCAAUUUGACGACGAUCCUUUUGAAGCCAAAUUACGAGUAAUAUACAGAACUGGUCUUACGGAGCAGUCUAACAGAGCAGCUAUCGAUCAAGCUUUUCAUAUAAAGGCACAAGCUCUGAUGAAACAAUCGUUUACCAAUGACACACAUAAAGACGAUGAAGAUGCAAAUAUUCAAGUUCAUGAAGCUUGGCAAGGGUUACAAGAACACAAGUCAAAAGUGUGGAAAAAGCGUGUCGAUACUGCUUUAGCAGAAGAGAGCACCGUCUACGAAAAAACCAAUAGCUUUAAUCAAAAGUUUUAUUCACAAGAAGAUGAUCUUGAAACCAAUGAAAAGCCUUUUUAUCUCUCAAAACUAUUUGAAAUUGCUAUUGUCAAGCUCCCGUUGUAUCCGCCUUUGGCAAACUUCACGAUCAAGCAUAGUUGGCUUGAUUUUCAGCCCCCAGCUUUUGAUCUGAAUGAAACGCGCCAAUUUAUAUAUAAUGUAGGGAAGGGGCAGCCGGUUGAUAAGCCUCUAUCAACUCUAAUUCCUUUCCAUCUGAACUGGAAAGCUGGCGAAACCUGGGUACAGAUUCGUGAUUACCCUGUUCCAUUUAUACUAGUUCCACCUAUGCCAGAUAACAACCAACAAAAGAAGCCUUUCAAUAACUGCAUAGAUGAUGUUAAUCCUGAACCAACCUGGACACUAUCCGGUGAUUAUGUAUUUGCUGAUGAUUUGGGUGACAUGGAUGCAACUAGACGUAUUUCAUUGCCAGUAGUUCACGAAAAUAAUAUACAAUACUCUAUUGAUUUUACUCGAACAAGUACACCAUUGAAGACAUUUUCUAUCGUGGAUAUUCAAGUUCAUAACCCGACUUUAUCGCACAUUUGUUGGUCUGUGUCUUAUCAGCCGGCAAUUCAAGAUUUUACUCGUAUUUUGGACACAAUCACGAAACCGCCUGUGGAUCCCUCAGAGAAAAUUGGUUUCUGGGAUAAGAUUAGGCUUAUUCUUCAUACAAAGGUAAAGAUAUCAUUUGUAAAUGGUGGUGAUCUUGCUAUUGUAAUGAAAGGUACUCGCGACCCCUAUGAUAUGACUGAGAAAGGGUUUGGUCUCGCCAAGGUUUGGAGAAACGACGUUGUCUGGCUGAUGGGAUACACAAACCCUCAAAACGAAUUCAUGCAAAUCAUCAGUCGCGAUUAUGCAUUUGGUGUCCCUGAUCUUCUGCACGGCGGUUACACAGCGUCAUAUGUAAGUGGCGCUGUUUUUAAAAAGGAUAGCAAUGCAAAUCAGCAGCAGACAAUGCGAUCAUCUUCUUCCACGUCUAGCUUCAAUUCAUCUGUAAUAGACACCGAAAGUGCUUCAAGAUUCGUCAAGAUAGCCUUAAAAUUAUCUGGUGGUAUUCGUAUGGGGUUUGGUUGUCAGUUGGAACGUAAAUGUGAUCCUCUUUGUGAGAUAUGCAGAAGUUCCAAUGGGUGUGAUGAGAUUGAUUCUGAAGUACGCGAAGAGCAUAAACGAGAACUAUUACAGUUUUUACCACAUUACAAAGUAAAAUUCAAGGCUCCCCAAAAUGUUCAUGAAGCAGAUUAUGAUGCAUAUCGCGGAUUUAGAUCUGACUAUAUUCACUUCUCUAUCAGUAUCAUCAAAACAUCCGCGUAUGAAACUGAAGCAGGGAAGAGUACCGUUAUAGGCAACUCUAUGCACUUGACACCUGGCUUCAUUGAAUACUAUGUUUCCUGGUUUAGAUUGUUCGGUGGUGCAAUGAGUUAUCCUUUGCGCUCCGGUUCACUCUUCCCUAGAGAAGACAAACGACGUGCUAAGAAAUUUGGACGACAUAUGAGUACAAUGAAGUAUAAAGUGGUUGUUGACCCUUUGACUAUAGGGUAUUUUAUAAAGGAUGACAUACUCAAUACAGAGGAAGCUGGAAUUGAAGAAUUAGGUGAUUCAGUCGGUUUGAAAGGUUUCGUAAGGCACUUCAGUAUUGACAUCCACCAAAGAAGAGAAAUUGUAAAUGUUGCGGAUUAUAAGUUAGACCAAAAACGCCUCAAAGCAAAUUGGCCGAUGACGGAAGCCGAAGUGCAACUUAAAGAUGUUGAUUUACGUGUCGUAAAGGCUUGCUAUACUUCGUCAGAAGAUGAGUCGCUCCCAUUUAUAGCAGCGGAGAAUGUCAGUGUACCUGUCAACGGAGAUUUUUACGCCUCAACUGAUGAUGCUUAUCAUCUUAAUAUGAUGGAAGGCUUAAAUUACAAAUGCGCAAAUGAUUCAGACGCGACCGAUUGGAUUGACUUUGAUGAUUUUGUGGAGCUUGGCUAUAAUAAUCCUUUGACUGCGCCAGUAAUUCAGAACCUUCCCUUUGCGUUCACACCUUGUAUUUAUUAUUUACGCCAAACAAAUAGAGAAGACAUACAAAAAUACAAGUACCUACAUGAUACUCACGAUUGUAUUAUUGGGACAGCCAUAGGCACGCAGGAGCUGCAGAUGUGCCUUUUACGCGACCGAUGUAAUAAUAUCGACGUCCAAAUUCGCAAACAUCAAGCACGUCUGCAUACUAUAGAAUCAAAACGGUUGCAGCAUGGCACAGAUGAAAAAUCCCUCGAAGAAUUGUCUGAUUCUAUUGUCGAAAAAACUAGAAUCCUGUAUGAAAAGCGAGAAUUAAUUCAAAAAUAUCUGAAGGAGUUAUCAACUCAAAAUAUAUUAGAUGUUGCCCAUACGGAGAAGCCAUACCAAGAGUCUACCAUUUUCGGUAAAGAUCCUCUGGCCAAGUGGGAAGAAGUAAUGGGCUAUUUCAAAGUUCGUUAUAUUGCACACAAUCCUCAAAUCAUUUGGAACAAUUCUCUGAGAAAUAUACUAUACCAUGCAUUGGACCUGCGAGACCAUCGUCGAGUUUUGUCGUACUACAUGACUUCGCGUACCAUAAAAUUUUUAAGGGACCUUAUCGAUACUACUGAGACGAGAUACACACAUAAUUCAAGUCAAAUUCUUUUAGGUGAAGACGACGAGGGAAUGGAUCCACGCACAGCGCAGAAUCUGAUUGACAGACUACUAGAUGAACGAGAAUCACACUUUUAUGUGGAAAACGAAACUGAAGAAAGUAAUCCAGUUACCGAUAAUGGCAUACAUGAAGUUGAUAUGUCUAAAAGCGAGAACGUCAACAACCCAGUGAUGCAGUUAAGGACUGUUCCUGACGAUUAUGUAAUGAAAAGUAGCUAUCUCAUAGAUUUACUUAACCCGCAGAUCAGUCUUCAAAGCGACUGUGAUCCUGACAACAUUGUGCUUGUUGCAAAUGAAAGGACGCAAGUCAAGGGUCUCAAUAUUAUCGAUGAGAAUGAUCCAGACGUUGAUAUGGAACUUGUGAAGCAUAGAACUGUGGUCAGUCUAAAUAAUGUUCAAUUCUUCGUUGCAAAAAAGGAGCAAUUUGACAGUGUUGAUUUGUUGUUGGACAAUCAUUACGGUGCCAAAGAAAGCGAUCAUUGGCUUGCUUGGAUUCCACCCGAAAUGCUUAUCAACUAUGUCAAAACUUCUGAUAAGUUUCAACGUAUAGGCGAACGCAUUGCAGCAACACUACAGUAUGAUAAAUAUAAUCCACUUAGAAUAAAGGCAACAACGAACCAUAAAUUCAGUCAGAUUCAUCCUUUCGAAGAACGUUGUGAUUCUGUGCAACUCAAUUUCCCAUCUUUACAAUUAACGGCAGAUUCCUCACAGUACAAUGCAGUUUAUCAGGUUGCUACUGAUUUGUUACUGUAUAAAGAACCUGCCAAAAAGGAGCGAUUGGCGAAACUACGUGAGACAAUGCUACAAUGUGAUAGCCUCAGCUUGUCAGAAACGACAGAAAAAAUUGCUGCUCUUCAGAAUAGAGCCCGACAGUUAUCAAAAUUGCGCGAGCAACAUCGUCAUAGCGUCUACACUUUCAAUGAAACACAAGUGGCCGAUUUUAGAAGACUUCGAAAGGAUCUUUAUGACGCGCUAGAGGAACUGCACAUAAAUAUGGAGGCUAUUAAAUUAUCGCAAAGUACCCAAAAAAAAGACUACCAUGAACCAAAGGCGAACCUUAAAUUCGUAGUCUGUGCGAAGAAUAUGGAAUGGAAAAUGCUUACAAAAGAUGAAGAACCUUUUUGCGAGAGUUCACUAACAAAUUUCACUUUCAAUUUCAUGAGCAAGGAAGAUCACUCCUCCACAAAUCUUUUGGAAGUUGACAUAAUCAAGGUUAGAAACGUGUCACCAUUACCUUUGUUUGUGGAUGUUCUUGGUGCAUAUUAUGAUCCACGUAAACCUUAUGAUUUUUCACGACAUAAAAUGCUACGUUGUUAUUUUGUUUCAAUGGCUCCUGUAGGCGGCAUUCCUGUGAUACAGCAUUUGGAAAUCAAUCUUCAUCCUUUACGCGUUCAAAUGACUUACAACUUUGGCAAACAAUUAGCAUAUUACUUCUUUCCGCCUGAAAAGCCUCAAAAACAAAUAGCGAACCCAAUUAAUAUAUCUUCAAUUUCGACAACAACAGCAGGAACUAAUAACUCCAACCUUAAUUCUGAAUUUGAUACAGCUACAAAUUAUACCCUGUCAACGAAUCCAGCAAACAUAAUACCCCAACCAAGCUUGAGUGACAGAUCAGAUACCUACUCCUCCAAGAUAAACAUCAGUAAUAAUGCCUCUGCGCCCCCUUCAUUGAAUAUUACUACGCCAGAAUCACAAAGAAUGCCUUCCAACUCGAUUAUAAACAAUAAUGGCAUAUCCGUAUCAAAAGAUAAUGUCCAAUCUAUUCCCGCUGAUAAUUUAUCAAUUUCCAAUUCCCUACCUGCUGGAUCGAGCCCUAGAAAGCAGCGAAAGCAUAAUCUGUCGAAACUAGCAAGAGUGAAGACGCCUGAUGAAUUAACGGUUAUGAAAAAACGUGCUUCAAGCAAUCGAACUUUCAUUUUAGUAAAGAUACCAGGAACUAAACAUUGUUUGAGUUACCAGGGUCCAAAAGAGAAGAAUUUGGAAGACUUACGAGAUUUUACUUUUGAACAACCAACACUUGAAUUCCGCAACGAAACAUGGUCAUGGUUUGAGUUAGCAACAAACAUAAAAAAAGAUUUUAUGAAAGCAGCAUUGCUACAUAAUAGUAAAGCGCUUCUCAAGGAAAAGUUACUUCGCCGUCAUCCUCGUGAGCAUAGUCGUCCGAAUGAAUCAAGUGAAUCAGUUCAUAGUAUACCUAUCUUUGCCAUAGAUCACUCUGCAGAACCUGCGAGAGAUAGAGAUUUUUUUGAUGACGUACAUUCCAACUCUGAAAGUUCCCGAGAUGAUAACGAAGACUCUGAUUUUAUGGAUACAAAUUCUUUGCACUCUGCAAUAUCUCAAGAUAUAUGGGAUAACGAAGAAAUUCAGCAGCCAAAAAAACCACUCUUGUGGAUGUCAUUAAAGCAUAAAAAGGCUGGCCACAAGUCCAGUAAGUCGUUGGGAGCGUCAUCACAAGAAACGACUCUGACAGGUAGAACAAGUAAAGCCGAUGUGAGUAGUUUUGAAAGCAAAGGAAAUGAACAUCCGCUUGUGCAGCCCAAAUCUGUUUCCGCUGCAACGUGUCAUUUAAGUGAUAAAGAUCAAUUGGCAAUCAAAGGAAAGUAUCUACUCGGGAAAAACUACAAUGGGCCAACACCUUGAUUGAAUUCCUCAUUUUAAAAGGCAGAAGAGGAUUUUAGACAUUUUGUAAAUUAUUCAUACUUGUUUGUAAUAACACCAUUAUCAAAAUACUUUUCCUACGUUAAUCUCGGAUCAACAAUGCAUAGCACUUGUAAACUGUCAUGAAUUAUUAAAGUUUUAGAAAUGCGACAUAUACAUACUAUGUUAAUGCUGACGGUCAACAUUGGACUACAAUUGAGCCUAUCUAAUAACCAACGAUAACUCUAUCUCUAUCAGCCAGAUCUUUCCAUAUUGAUAUAU